UUCGCAUUUGGCCUUUUUCUACUAACUAUAAUUUCAUGAAAUAAAAUGGACAUCACUAUUAAAACUGAAAAACCCGAACAUUUUGUUUCGGGACAAAAGGACGCCGAUUAUAUCGCGAACAAUUCGGAAGACUAUGUUGUUAAAACGGAAUUAACAAGCCCAAACCAAUCGGGCGAACCGAUUGGUUCCAUUCGUCCAGACCCAGGUCCCAGGAUUGGUUGCAGACUACAUGCGUGUCCUAUCUGCGGUAAAGCUUUCCAGAAACGAUCCUAUAUGAUUACGCAUAUUUGUACGCACACAGGUGAGCGGGCUUUCAAAUGUGAUAAAUGCGGAAAAAGCUUCAUGUCAAAGGAGCACCUUCAGACGCACGAGCGAACACAUUCCGGUAAGCAGCGAAAUAAGUGUGAUGUUUGCGGACGAAUUUGUGAUUCGAAAAUCGAACUGGUAGCUCACGUAAAGAUUCACAACGGUGAGGAUCCCUUCAAGUGCGAAAUCUGUGGCAAGAGUUUGCGUGCCUUCAAAAGCUUGACAGUGCACCAGCGGCAUCACACCGGACAAGACUUGUUUAAAUGCGAUAUCUGUGGCGGAGAGUUCGGAUUCAAGGCCAAUUUGAAGAAGCACAUGAUGAGCAAACACAUGACCGAACGACCCUACAAAUGCAGUUUGUGUGGAAAAGGAUUUAUUGCCAAGGACAAACUGGAGCGCCACAUUCGCAGUCACCGGUUCGAAUGUGUCGUCUGUGGGCAGAAAUUCGUUACCGGUGCCAACCUGCAACACCACAUGUUGGUACAUACCGACCGGAAUCCUCUCGCCUGUGAUGUUUGCGGUAAAGUAUAUCCGGUAGACUCUGUGCUGCGAAAACACAGGGCGGCCGUGCACGGUAUCUGUCAACCUUACGAGUGUUCACGUUGUGAUCGACAAUUUGAAACCAGUACGGGGCUGCGGGCACACAGUUUUACUCAUUUCAGCGCGGAAGAGUACUUCGAAUGUAAGCUGUGCGGCAAAAAGUAUCAACGAGACACAGGUCUUAUUACUCACAUGAAAAGAAAACAUUCCAGUAUUUAGUGGCCACUAAGGAACGAGGAUGUUGAUCGCCGAACUUACCGGAAACCAGUCAACAAAAAGGUAAUUUAUAUGUACUGUAAGAAUGAAAAAGUGUACUAACUUACCGCUUAAGGUUCA